AGGGCCCAGGCCCACGCGCACACAUUCUGAUUCCGAAGGCAAGGGCGUGUACAUGGCGGUGAGACGAGGAGCCAAAACCCAACGGCGACGAGAAAUCCACGGCGGCUAGUUCACCCCAUCCGGCGCGAGCGACUCCCUCCGCCUGCACCAAAAACGAGGGCGUUUUCGUGUCCCCUCCUCCAAACUCCGGAGCCCACAUCCUCCAGUCCCCACUCACCUGCGCCACUCCCCACCACGCUCCUCAAAACCCUAGGUCCUUCGAUCUAAUGCCGUGAGCUCUCGAAUUCUCAAUUCCCCCAGCCUCUCCAUGGAAGACCCCGUGGCGGUACCCUCCUCGUCCUUGACCGACCCUGCCGCUGCCGCCGCAGCUAGGGUUCCGGGUGCGGUGGCAGCAGCCCCUGGCGUCACCUCUGCGCCGUCCGCUCUCGCUCCGACGCAGCCGCCUGCCACCGCGGCCGCGGUCUCUGAAGCCGCGACGCCGUGCCAGAGGCAGCUGUUCACAGUGGAGCUGCGGCCAGGGGAGACCACAAUCGUGUCGUGGAAGAAGCUUCUCAAGGAGGCCGGGCACACCGCCGCGGCACCGCCAGUGGCGGUGGAGCCAGCGUUCGCCGCACAUGCGGGCCCAUCUGGUCCGGCACAUCCUGCAGAAAAUGACCCAAAGGAUCCAACACAGCCAAAUCGGUUCAAUGCAGUGAUUGAAAAAAUAGAGCGCCUUUACAUGGGAAAACAUAGCAGCGAUGAAGAGGAUCUUAAUGAUGUACCAGAUGAUGAUCAGUAUGACACUGAGGAUUCUUUCAUUGAUGAUGCCGAAUUGGAUGAAUAUUUCGAAGUUGAUAAUUUGAAAACUAAGCAUGAUGGCUAUUUUGUGAACAAGGGAAAAUUGGAACAGAUUGAACCUGGUACAGCGGCAAAUGUUGCUCCAAAGAAAAGGAGAAGAAAGGAUGCAUCAAGUUCUUAUCUGGAGAGUAAUCACCUUGGUCCAAUUGAUUAUUUUGAUAUUGGCGAUGUACCUGAAAAAUCCUCUGCAAGAGGUACUGUGCAGACGGGAAAACAGUUAGUUAGUAGCAACGUAAGUUCUUAUGGUCAAUACCAUGAGGACAAUAGAGUGGUGAAGAAUAAAAUCAGUGGUCCUGGAGGAGCCCCUAAAAGAAAAUCUUCUGAAUUCUCGGGUGACGCUGCAGCACGAGCUAAGAUUAUUAAGGAUGUCUCGCAUGCUCCUUUGGAGCUAAGAGACAUGGAAAAGCAUAAAGCUGCAGCACUACCUGUUGACUAUGCACAUAAGUCAAAAAUCAGCGAAACAUUUGAUUAUGCAUAUCCAGCUUAUAGGGAUAAAGGCACUUCAGGGCAACUUGAUUUCCAACAAAGAAAGAUAAGCAGGGAAAAUCAAGGUCCAUCAAAUAGAACCUAUCGCAAAGAGAAACAUGGAACAAAUGAAUAUCCUGGCAUCGCUAUGGCUACUGCGGUCUAUUCUACACAAACAAUGCACCCAGUUGUUGGUAGGGAGGGUUCAGGAACUAAACCCAAAGGCACCAGGCUUGAGCGAGCUAUUCGCGAUCUCCAGAAGAUCGUUGCAGAAUACAGACCACCAACAAUUGAUAUUAAUGAGGUAGAUCCAAAUGGCCAGGUAGCAGUUAAAAGACGGUUGCCUCCUGAAAUAAAGCAAAAGCUUGCGAAGGUUGCAAGGUUAUCGGCAAAUAACGGAAAGAUCCAAGAACAUGAGCUAAUGAAUCGCCUCAUGGGCAUAGUUGGACACCUUGUUCAGCGCAGGACACUGAAGAGAAACAUGAAAGAAAUGGUAGAAUCUGGUAUAUCUGCUAAACUGGAGAAGGCUGACAGGUUUCAGCGUGUAAAAUUGGAGAUCAAUGAGAUGAUUAAAGAGCGUAUGGCUACAAAGUCCAAGGUCAAUGAACAGGAUGGUUCAGCUGAUGAUUUUCAGGUUGCUAAUGAUGAAAGAAGAGCUUUAAAAACAAAGUAUACAAUGGAUACUGCAUUGGAGGACAAGAUGUGUGAUCUGUAUGAUAUGUAUGUUGAGGGUAUGGAUGAAGACAAGGGCCCUCAAAGCAGGAAGUUAUAUGUAGAGCUUGCCGAGUUAUGGCCUCAUGGUUGCAUGGACAAUGUCGGGAUCAAAGAUGCCAUUUAUAGAUCAAAGGAGCGAAGAAGAUUAUUGUACAGCCAGCAAAAGGUUCGCAGUGAAGAGAGAAUGAAGAGGAAGAGGCUGGCUGCAACAGCAAAGCUGCCAGAUGGCCUCGCAGUUGCAAUGCAAAGUGGAGUUGCCCCACAAGUUGCACAGCCACCCAUAACAAAUCCCAUCACAUACCAUACGGCUGAUUAUGGACAGAACCCGGGGUUAAAAUAUUUUGAUAGGGCUCGUGAAACGAGCUCCAGUGCAAUCCCUGAUGACGGCAACAGAAUUGCUGGUGAGGUCAAGAAGAAGAAAAGAAAACCUGAAUAUGACCCUGUAGAUACACAAGCUAACCUACCAAGGGCUCCCAUGCCGCACGGGAGCGAGAAGCAAAAGCCUUCUAAGCCUGCUGACGAGGCCAGUGCUGGUAGCCUGCCCUCCAUGGCGACAACUCAAACUGUGCUUGGCCUACCGUCGGUGCUUGGUCAUAACCAACAACCUAGCUGAUUCUUUCGGCGUAGUGUUGGACAUUUGGUUCUCCUUAUAGGCCUUUUUCAGCUGCUGUAACAAAUUAUGGCCUUUCCAUGUGUUCAGCAUCGAUUGUUGAGACUAACAUGUUCCCGAGUAGAGAGGAUAUUUGAUCACUCUUUACUUUUCCAGCAUUGCAUGGUUGGUACCCUUGCCCAGAUUAUCUGUGCAGCGCUGAUAGAUAUGAUCUGCAACCCCUUCAAAUACCAGUUGUAAUUAUGAAUAUUUUCUCGAGACAUGUACUGCUCAUAUUGUGCGAAGCGAUGUGCAGAUUUUCUUUUA